AGCAUUGAACUCUACCAUUUCUUGCAGGUCUCUGCUGCUGGAAUGUGCUUCAGUUGCUUCCUUGUAGGCUUGUCAUUCUGCUUUCAGGACAUCAACCAGUUGAAAGAGCUCACUCCCGUGUUGGUGCUAAUUGGGAUCCUGGGGUUCAGUGUGGCAUACACAUUAGGUAUGGCAGGAUUACCAUGGGUUAUAAUGUCAGAGAUAUUCCCUAUAAACGUCAAGGGUACAGGUGGAAGCCUCUUGACUUUAGUGAACUGGUCUUGCUCUUGGAUUAUCUCAUACACUUUCAAUUUUAUGAUGGAAUGGAGUACAUCAGGCACGUUUUUCAUAUUCUCGGGCAUUUGUGGUUUUACUGUCUUAUUCGUCGCAAAAUUUGUACCAGAGACUAAAGGGCGAGCCUUGGAAGAAAUACAAGCAUCAAUGGCACAUUUCUUGUAAUAAGAAGUAUUUCUUUCUAAUUGAUGGGAGGAAAUAAAAUGAUGCUCGAAAUGAUGUUUCUCUGCUUCACCGUCCCAAAUGGUGUCUCGUCUGCCACUAUACAUCUACCUUUUAGUCUCCUCAUAGGAACUAAGUUAAAAAUGAUUCUCUUUGUUGAUACUUAUAAUGUCUACCAAGUGCCGCUACAACCAGCAUUGUUGGCAGCUUUCCUGAUUGACUUCUUCGCCUUCAAGAAUCUCCUCCUAAGUUGCAUCUGGAUUAAUGUCAAGAUUUGAUUUUCUUUUUGGUCUCUUGUACUAUUAAAUCUUUUUUACAUGCCAUGAGGUAUAUGCAUAAUUUAUUCGUGAUCA